UCCCCAGCCCACCUCAUCAUGUCACGACGAAGCCAGCGCCUCUCGCGCUACUCCCAGGGUGACGACGAUGGCAGCAGCAGCAGUGGAGGGAGCUCAGAAAUGGGGAGCCAGAGCACCCUGUUUAAGGACAGUCCUCUCAGGAGCCUGAAGAGGAAAUCCAGCAACAUGAAGCGCCUGUCCCCAGUACCCCAGCUGGGCCCUGCCUCCGAUGCGCACACCUCCUACUACAGCGAGUCCCUGGUACGGGAAUCCUACAUAGGCAGCCCCCGGGCUGUGUCCCUCGCCAGGAGCUCCCUUCUCGACGACCACCUGCAUAGUGACCCCUACUGGAGCGAGGACCUGCGGGUGAGGAGGAGGAGAGGCACAGGCGGCACCGAGAGCAGCAAAGUCAACGGUCUUGCCGAGGACAAGGUCUCUGAGGACUUCCUUGGCUCUUCCUCGGGCUACUCUUCGGAGGACGACCACAUGGGUUAUUCACAUAUGGAACAGCAUGGCUCAGGCUCACGGUUAAGGAGUGCCAUCUCUCGAGCAGGCUCUUUUUUCUGGAUGGUGGUCACUUCUCCAGGCCGGCUCUUUGGACUUCUCUACUGGUGGGUUGGCACCACUUGGUACCGCCUGACCACAGCUGCCUCCCUCCUUGAUGUCUUCGUUUUAACCAGGCGCUUCUCGUCCCUGAAAACAUUCCUCUGGUUUCUCUUGCUGCUGCUGCUCCUGACCUGCCUGACUUACGGCGCGUGGUACUUCUACCCCUACGGGCUGCAGACAGUCCACCCUGCUGUGGCUUCCUGGUGGGCAGCGAAGGACAGCAGAAGGCAGCAUGAGGGGUGGGAAUCCCGAGACUCGUCCCCACAUUUCCAGGCUGAGCAGCGCAUUCUGUCCCGGGUGCAUUCUCUGGAGCGGCGCCUGGAAGCUCUUGCUGCCGAAUUUUCCUCCAACUGGCAGAAGGAGGCCAUGCGGCUGGAACGUUUGGAGCUGCGGCAGGGGGCCACUGGCCAGGGAGGCGGCAGCAGCUUGAGCCACGAGGACACCCUGGCACUCCUGGAGGGGCUUGUGAGCCGCCGCGAGGCUGCCCUGAAGGAGGACUUCCGCAGGGACACGGCUGCUCGCAUCCAGGAAGAACUGGCCACCCUGAGAGCAGAACACCAACAAGACUCAGAAGACCUCUUCAAGAAGAUCGUGCAGGCCUCCCAGGAGUCUGAGGCUCGCGUCCAGCAGCUGAAGUCAGAGUGGCAAAGGAUGACCCAGGAGUCCUUCCAGGAGAACUCGGUGAAGGAGCUGGGGCACCUGGAGGGCCAGCUGGCAGGCCUGCGGCAGGAGCUGGCAGCCCUGAGCCUGAAGCAGAGUUCGGUGGCAGAUGAAGUGGGCCUGCUGCCCCAGCAGAUCCAGGCCGUGCGAGAUGAUGUGGAAUCUCAGUUCCCUGCCUGGAUCAGUCAGUUCCUUCUCCGAGGUGGGGGAACCCGCACUGGGCUCCUUCAGAGGGAGGAGAUGCAAGCUCAGCUGCAGGCGCUGGAGAGCAAGAUCCUGGCCCACAUGGCAGAGAUGCAGGGCAAGUCGGCCAGGGAGGCUGUGGCCAGCCUGGGACUGACACUGCAGAAGGAAGGCAUAGUUGGGGUGACAGAGGAGCAGGUGCACCGGAUCGUGAAGCAGGCCCUGCAGCGCUAUAGCGAGGACCGCAUUGGGAUGGUGGACUAUGCCCUGGAAUCAGGAGGGGCCAGUGUUAUCAGCACCCGCUGCUCCGAGACCUACGAGACCAAGACGGCCCUCCUCAGCCUCUUCGGCAUCCCCCUGUGGUACCACUCCCAGUCACCCCGAGUCAUUCUACAGCCAGACGUGCACCCAGGCAACUGCUGGGCCUUCCAGGGGCCCCAAGGCUUUGCCGUGGUCCGCCUUUCUGCCCGCAUCCGCCCCACUGCUGUCACCUUAGAGCACGUGCCCAAGGCCUUGUCGCCCAACAGCACCAUCUCCAGUGCCCCCAAGGACUUUGCCAUCUUUGGAUUAGAUGAAGACCUGCAGCAGGAGGGGACGCUUCUUGGCAAUUUCACCUACGAUCAGGAUGGGGAGCCCAUUCAGACAUUUUACUUCCAGGCCCCUAAGAUGGCCACAUACCAGGUGGUGGAGCUGCGGAUCCUGACUAACUGGGGCCACCCCGAGUACACCUGCAUCUACCGCUUCAGGGUGCACGGGGAGCCCACCCACUAGCCCUUCUUUCUCGUGCCUGCUGCCAGCCAUCUGGGAGUGGGUGAGCCACACCCUGCCACUUCCCCCACAUGCUUGAUCAGCGCUCUGACUUACAGGGGCAAGAAAGAGGACCCCUGGCCCCGUGGAGAUGAGAAAGAAUGUGCACGGGUUUCCUGAGCAGCAGGGCAGCUCAAGGUGGCCAGCAGGCUCCAGCGUCUCCUUUCAUUCCUCCUCGUGCCAGCAGGCAUCUCCUUCCCCCCUUCUGGGAGGGUGUACAUAUGUAGCAUAUUGUGGGGGACUGGGAGGUGGGGAGAAGUGAGACCCUACUGUCCUGGGCCAGGGUGGAGGGGCUGGCACCCACGGAGCUCUUGUUGGGAGGUGCUUGGAUGAAGCGGGUGCCAAAGCUGUGGGGGGCCAAGCCAGGACCUGGGGGUGGGUGAGCUGGAUGAACAAAGCUGCCCCCUAUCCUGGUUAGGGAAAUGAGGCCCUGCGGGAGGAAGGUGCUCAGCAGAGUACAGGAUGGCACUGUCCCCAGGAAGCAAAUGCCUGGUAGGGCUGGUGCCAUCAACCUAGGGAAGCUUAGCCCACAGGGCCCCUAAAGGGCUUCUACAGAAGCCUUUAUUUGUUCCGGGUAGAAGUGGGUCAUGGGGCUUCUUGUACCCUAGAGGGGACUAGCUCCUAUGUGCCUCUAAGGGCUGCUGCCUGUGUGGCUCUGAAUGGCCUGGGGGCCAGCCCUGUAGGAGUCCCCUCUGCUGGGGAUAGUUGCUAGUUGCUUUUACCCUCCUGAUGCUGGGGUUAGGGCUUGCUCUGCUCCCCAUUCCUGCUUGGGCUUGCCUGCACCCCACAGCAAGCUUUUCACAUCUCCCCAGGGUAUGGGGAACCCGGAGCUGUCUUUGGGGCCAUUAGCAUCUGGGGUUAGCUAGGAGGGUGGGGAGCGGGGGUCUCCCCAGAUUCUUGUGGUGGUCUGGUGACAAUGAUGAUGGUGAUGUUCAGGGUGUCAAGUCUGUCUGCACUAGUCCAUCCCCAUCUAAUCAGGCCCUGAUGCAGGGGCCCUACCCUCAGGCUACCCCCUAGGGAUCUUUCAGCUGUUGCUCAGAUCCAGUUUCCUUCUGGCUCAUUCUCUAUGGGGACAGUCAGGUGGAGGCUGGUGGGGGAGGAGAUUGGCAGAAGUUACCUUGGGUAGGGAGGAAGAUGAGGAGGGGACUUUUGGACCCAGCAGGCCCUGUUUUACUAUGUAUAUAUUUUUCAAGAUCUUGAUUUUUUUAACUGAAAAGCUAAGGGCUUGAUUCCAAGCCCCAUUCUGUGAGGCACUGGGUGAAACUCAGUUCCUUGUUCCUGGCCACUAAGAGGCCUGAGUCCCUGGUUCUGGCUGUGUCUGUUGAUUCUGGCCUGUGGGGAAGGGGCAAGAGGGGCUGCUAUGCAGGCAAUGCCCAGCCUCUAAGGAAGGCUGGGAGCACGGGGCUCCAUGAGCACAGGACUCUGGAAUCAGAAUCUCAAAUCGGCUCUGGAGUAUGGGGCUGGAAUGAAGUGGUUGUGAGGCCACAGCUGUCCCAUGGCCCAUCGCUGCUUCCGCACAGCCCCUGCCUUUGCCCUGAGACAACCAGGUUUUGUUUUGUGCUCUCCUGUCACAAAUGCUGCACUAUUGGUUCUUAAUUUUUUUAUCUCCAGAUUCUAAUUUAUGCCUAUGCAAAAAAUAAAUAAAUGAUGCCCAAGAUCAAUGAAAUAUGGUUUUUAUCUGGCCAUUGCAUAGGAUAGCUGCUCUUGGGAAAAUAAGGAAAUAAAUUCUUAACCAAA